UUUCACAUUGUAUUAUCAAUAUGUCACGAUUUACAAUAGCUGUAUAGUUUAAAAAUGUUGUGAUAAAAAUGUAGUGACGUCUUUUCUCAAAUGCUGCAGUGACGUUCUUCUUAAUAAGUUCAAUACUUAGGUUGUUGGGUUGUUGUUAAGUGGAUUUUAUUUCAUAUUUCUAUUUUAGGUUUAACGUAAGUGAAUUACAAUAUGGAUUUGGGAAAGUGAUGGCGGAACUUUGUAUUAAAGAACACUGAAUAAAAGGUAAAUGAUGUGGAAGGAGCUGUGUUUGUUGGCAGUGUUUGUGUGUCUGUCUAUGAGUCAAGGGCUGCCCCUGGAUAAGUAUGACAACCAGAUACCCGGGCACUACCUCAACAGUUUCCUAGUGGAAGUUGACAGUCUGGAGACAGCAGAAAGUGUGGCAAGAGAUAAUGGAUUUGAACUUGUCGAAAAGAUACCACAGUUAAAUAUGUACCUACUUGAACAUCCUGAAGUUACUGGAAGAUCCAAGAGAAGUGCUGACGAUUUUGUCUCAAGGUUGGCCCAAGAUUCAAGGGUAAAGUUUGCGGAACAACAGAUAACAUUGAAAAGAGUGAAGAGAUCACAUGUAUUGCAUGACAAACAACUAGAGUUUCCGCUCCGUGAAAUCAAAGAUAACAAUAAAUAUAUCCGGGUACAAGACAAGUUUGACACAAGAGAUGGACUUGGACCAAGGUUUAAUGAUGAACACUUUGGAGACCAAUGGUAUCUGGUGAAUAGAGGUCAGACAGGAGGAGUGGAGGGAAUGGAUAUAAAUGUUGCCCCGGCCUGGGAGAUGGGGUAUGAUGGACGAGGAGUUGUUGUUACAAUACUGGAUGAUGGAAUAGACUGGAACCAUCCAGAUAUUAGUCAAAACUAUGAUGCGAGAGCCAGUGCUGACAUGAAUGAUAAGAAUGACAAAGAGAACGAUCCGACCCCAGAUAAAUCCAAAAGAGGAAACAGCCAUGGUACAAGAUGUGCCGGGGAAAUUGCUGCUGUUGCUAAUAAUGGUAACUGCGGAGUGGGAGUUGCGUACAACAGUAAAAUAGGAGGUAUUCGAAUUCUCGAUGGUCCAAUCACAGACGAGAUGGAGGCCCGGGCAUUGCUGUUUAACAAUCAACAUGUCCAUGUAUUAAGUGCCUCAUGGGGGCCACAUGAUGAUGGUAAAACUAUGGAGAAACCAAAAAAAGCAUGUGUUAAUGCCCUUAAAGAAGGUGUUAAAACAGGUAGAAAUGGUAAGGGCAGUAUAUUUGUCUGGGCCACUGGUAAUGGUGGAGGAUAUGGAGAUAUGUGUGGAGCAGACGGCUAUGUUUCCAGUCCAGAGAGCAUUUCUGUCCAGUCUCUGACAGACAAAGGGGAACUACCAUUUUUCGGUGAGAUAUGCACAUCUACUUUGAUAUCUGUACCGACAGGAGGGGAGGCCACUCAAGAAGAGGAAUUGAAGGCAGAAUACAAGAUUAAAGUGGUAACUACAGAUCUAGAUGGAGGCUGUGUUGAGAACUUUGAGGGAACAUCUAGUGCUGCUCCACUUGCCUCUGGUUGCUAUGCUCUUCUCCUUCAAGCUUGUCCGGAAUGCUCAUGGCGAGAUGUACAGCACAUAACAGUACGUGCUGCUCGUAUACCUUCCAUAGAUGUGUCAUGGACUAUGAAUGGAGCUGGUUUCCAUGUGAAUAGUAAAUAUGGCUUCGGUAUUAUGGACUGUGCCAAAAUGGUGGAGAUUUCCCAGAGCUGGAAGUCAGUCCCGGAACAACACGUCUGCUUGACAGAAGUUCAACCUGUCAACAGAAAAAUACAGAGUGACAGCUGUGUGAAGACAGAAUUCACUUUUAAUGGCUGCCAAGAUAACAGAUCUAACAGUAUCACAAGCCUGGAACAUGUUCAACUAAUCUUUAAAGGGGUGUCUGGUCGCCGUGGCAACGUGGAAAUUAUUCUUGUGUCUCCUGCUGGAACAAGAUCUGAACUGUUGACAAGAAGGCCACCUGAUGAUAGUCAAGAUGAUAUUGAUUUUGAAUUCAUGACUGUACAUAACUGGGGAGAGAAUCCAGAUGGAACCUGGACAGUGGAGGUGUGUGAUAACCCCGGUGAGGAGAGGGAACAUCGUGGAAACACUAUACACUGGGAAAGCUUUGCUCUUCGUGCUUAUGGUUUCCAUGACAAUGAAAAGAAAUCAGAUGUUAAAGCAGAGAAGCCAGAUUUGCAAGUGUUAAAAAGGUUAAAGGAAGAAGAGUUCCAAAAUUCCAGGAGAGCCAACUUGAAACGAGCACAAGGAACUAACACAAGAGGUCAAGACACAAAGAAGAAAGAGCUUGAUGAUUAUGUUGGAACAGCUGAUGAACUUCUAAAAGACAUUGCUAAAAUUUUUGAUGAAAGAUCUUUUAAGCUUGAUGGCUAUAAUAGUAAGUCUAGGUUUGGAAACAGGAAAUACAGGAUUUCUAAAAAUAGGGAUCAGUUUGGCAAAAGGGGACAUGUUAAUAAUAAUGGGAAAGAUAUUGAUGAAGAUUCGGAAAUGACUGAAAUAAAAAGAGAAAUUUUGGAACUUUUGGCAGAGUUGGAAGGAAGGGAAUACAAAAGAAAUUAUUUAGAAGAGUAUUUAGAACAUAAAAGAAAAAUGGAAAGAAAGAGGAGACUGCAAUAUCUAUUGAGAGGGCUUGAUAGGGAAUUGAAUUAGUGGAAAAAAUAAACAGAAAC